AUGGGGAAGACCACAAUGGUGCAGAAAUGUAAGCUCUGCUCCCAGAACAAUUCCAUUGACAUUCUGAGCAACAGCGUCAAGCCUUACGAGGCCGAAGACAGGGAGAAGUUCAAGACAAUCAUGGAUUUUGAAUGUUGGGGCCUGGAGCCAGUGGAUUUCCAACCCCAACCUGGCUUUGCUGCAGAGGACACAGAGACUGGGACAACUUUCAGUGACAUCAACUUGCUCGAAAAGGACUGGAUGGACUAUGAUGAAAAAGCCCAGGAAUCAGAGAGAAUCUAUGAAGUCACCCACCAGUUUGUGAAAUGCUAA